AUGUUGAAAAUCUUCAAACUCAUGUCAUGGAGGGCCUGGGGCUCAGAACUGUUGGCAGUUCUGGGCUCCAGCGCGUCCCUCGUCGCCAUGGUGGUGCUCCUAUCCAAAUUUGACGGCAAAGCUCCCUUCACCUGGAACAGUAUCACCCUAAACGCCGUCGUCUCAAUUCUAUCAUUAACGAUCAAGACUAGUCUAGUCUUUGUGAUUGCCGAAUGCAUAGCUCAGUGGAAGUGGAUCCUUUUCGCCAGGGGACCACGCUUGCUUGUCGAUUUUGAUCGCAUCGACUCGGCUACCCGUGGCCCGCUGGGUAGUAUCAAGGUGCUUCUUGGCACAAGGGGCGCCUUGGCGGUUCAGUUUGGCGCCAUCUUGACCCUCCUAGCUAUCAUUCUCGAUCCUCUGGCGCAGCAGCUAGUACAGCUUCAACAAAGCGUGGUGUUUGCACCGAAAGCUUUUGGAGAGCCUGGAUUAUCCGCUCUCGCAUCUCGGACAAGCGUUUAUGAGGUGGGAAGCUCGAUGAGGGUUCAGGUUGGGAAUGUUACCUACCAGACAACUCAACUACCUCUAUCGAUGCAGGCAUCAAUCUUGAACGGCUUUUCUCGAUCACCCUGGGAGGCUGCGCAAGAGGCCCUCGUUCAAUGCCCGACAAGCAACUGUACCUGGGACCAGUUCGCUACGCUUGGUGUUUGCUACAGGUGCGAGGACCUUAGCUCCAAACUGAAGCGUGUUGGUGGCUUUGGAGAGACACUUCUCACCAUACAUGACGUGAGCUACGGUACCAAGAAUGUCAAUGCGACCGCCUUUGCUUUACCCAAUGGCCACUUCAUCACCAAUGUUGACGGGUGUCCACUUCACGACUAUCUGUGGAACCGUUGUGUGAACGAGCAGCCGCUGGGGAUCUACUCCGACAAAAGAUAUGCUCUGACCUCUUUCGGCACCGGCAACCCAAACAAGACAAACUCUAUGAAGGAUAUCGACACAUUGAUCUGGUCAAUGAGCUUUAUCUAUCCAGAUGUCAAAUAUCUCAACAACGCAUCACUCGACACGACGUCAGAUAGAGAUUUAGACAAGGGGCUCUACUGGCCGAACAUUCCCAUGAAAGCCAAAGAGUGCUCCCUUUACUACUGUAUCAAGAUGGUAGACUCUGAGGUUCAGGGAAAUCAGCUCUUUGAGAACAUCACCGAGGCAGAUGGUUGGAUCCGGGACCCCGAGUCAUGGGAACGACGCAACAACGACGAACUGACAAAGAUAAACACGCCGCCAGAUGAUGAGAUUGACAGCUUGGAGUUUAACCUCUGGUACUCGGCUGCGUAUUACUCAGAUCUUAAGCUCAGAGGCCCAGGAAACUUGUCCACGGAACCGAUGAGCGUUUCGUCGGACACGGUGAUGGCGCUGAGUCAUCACAUGCAGGACCUCUUACUAGGCAACUGGACAAACACCACUGAGAUCAAGAAGAGCAUACAGGAGAAACUGGGCAAAGGCGCUGUUGGGUUUAAUGGAGUCUCGCAUGGUCCCAACGGCAAGGAACUCACCGUGGAAGCUGAGCCGCCGGGAAUCGGAGGCUUAUGGACCUGGACGAGUACAAACAUCACGAGAAGAUUCGAUGCCCUUGCGACGAGUAUGACAAACGAGAUGCGAAGAAACCCCAAUCCUAGGCUCGACAAUGUCGAAGGGCAAGACCAGGAUCGGUACGAAGGAAAGCUGAGUUUCGAGGGCAAUGUCGGCACGGACAAGGUGCUAUACGACAUCCAAUGGCCUUGGGUAGCCCUUCACGGGGUGAUGCUCGUCUGUGUCUUGAUCCUGUUGAUCAUCACGGCAAGAAGCGCUGGAGACCCGGACUUGACGCCGUUGGCGCGUAGUAGUACGCUCGCUACUAUUCGCCAGGGACACCGAAUCGGAGGUAUUCUGGAAGAUGCAGAUACAAUGGAGCGCAUGGAGAAGGCGGCGCGGAGAUCCUAUGUCAAGAUCAGUAACGGGAAGGAAGAUGAGGGCGUGACACGUAGGAUGAUGCGCGGAGAGGCGACGCGGGCUGCUUCGGACCAGGGGGAGAGUCAGUAUUUGACGAGCAUAGAGAUGGAAAACAGGUCUCAGAAGUGA